AUGACGGGCACGUGCGACAGCAACUCGUGCACCAAGCGACAGCUCAGCAUUGGCGCGACCGUCCGCGUGACGGGCGAGGCGGCGUUGGACACGGCGCUCAACACGCAGCCCGUGUCGGUGCUGGUCGAAGCGGGCAACGCGGUGUGGCAAAACUACCGCUCGGGCGUCGUCACGCAAUGUCCUGGCGCGUACUCGGACCACGCCGUCGUCGCCGUGGGGUACGACGGCACGUCCUACAAGCUCCGCAACUCGUGGAGCACCAGCUGGGGCGAAGCCGGACACAUCCGCCUCAAGCGUGGCGUGAGCGGCCUCGGCAUGUGCAACGUCGCCGAGGACGUCGUGUUCCCCCAGAUUGGCGGCGGUCCCAACCCGACCGUGUCGCCGACCCCGACCAAGCCCACAACCAGCCCCUCGCCCACGUCUGCCCAACCUGACGUGUGCGCCAACUGCAGCGGAUGCUACUACCCGGCCGGGGACCAGUGUUUGCCGGCAGAAUACACCAAGGCCGACUGCGACUACUACCAGGCCGACUUUGGCACAGUCUGGUGCGGCAUCUAA